AUGAAAGAUUAAAUAUAAUUGAAUAAUAAAAAGAAGAAUUAGAAAAGAAAAAAAGGGCUUUAAAGAUAAAUAAAAAAGGCGAAUAAGAAAUUAAAGAUUAAGAAAUUUAAGAAGCUAAAUAAAGAAUUAAUAUUUAACUAUAAUGCUUAUAAAAAGUAACUAUUUUUUAAAUAACAAUUAAAUAAUUUAUCAUUUUUUUUAAAGGAAGAAUAAGAGAUGCAUGAAAAUUUAAUGCAUUUAGAACAUUAAAAAUUAUUAUUUAUUUAAUAACAUAAAAGGUUUUUUGAAGAAUAAAAAUAUACUAAGACAUGGCCUUGUUUAGGAGAAAGAUAUUAAUUAUUAUCUCUUUUAGGAAAAGGAGGAUUUUCUGAAGUUUUUAAAGCAUAUGAUUUAGUUGAGUUUCGUGAAGUAGCAUGCAAAAUUCAUUAAUUAAAUUUAAAUUGGUCAGAAAGAUCAAAAGCAAAUUAUAUAAAACAUGCAAUAAGGGAAAGUAAAAUACAUUCGGAAUUAAAACAUCCUAAUAUUGUUUAAUUAUAUGAUACCGUAGAAAUUGAUGAAAAUUCAUUUGCGACAGUUCUCGAAUAUUGCGAAGGACCUGAUUUAUAUUUUUUUUUGAAAAAAAAUAAAGUACUUUUAAUAAAAAUAUACAAUAAAUAAUAAAAAAAUUAUUUAAAGGUUAUUCCAGAAAAAGAGGCUAAAUUAUUAAUAAAAUAGAUUCUAAACGCAUUAAAAUAUAUGAAUGGUUAAAGGAAUAGAAUCAUCCAUUAUGAUUUAAAACCUUAAAAUAUUAUAUUUUAAAAGGGAGAAUUAAAAAUUACUGAUUUCGGUUUAUGUAAAAUAUUUGAAGAUGAAUAAACGAAAAUGGAAUUAACUAGUUAGGGUGUAGGCACUUAUUGGUAUUUACCUCCAGAAACUUUCGAAUUUGAUAAUAAUCCUUAAAUUUCACAUAAAGUAGAUAUUUGGAGUAUUGGCGUUAUUUUUUAUGAAAUGGUUUUCGGCUAAAGACCUUUUGGAAAUAAUAUGAGUUAAGAUAAAAUCUUAAAGGUAUUAAAUAUUUUUUUUUAAUGUAUAAUUUUCUAAAACUAGGAAAAUAUUAUUUUGAAAUCAACAUAAGUAUAAUUUCCUACAAAACCAAAUGUAAGUAAUGAAUGUAAAUAAUUUAUAAAAAAUUGCUUGACUUAUGAUUAAAAUUUUCGAUGGGAUAUAUAAUAAGUUUGUAAUUGUUAGUAUAUUAAUAAGAAAUGA